ACCAAUCGCAAAUGUCGGUUCUUACGAGAGGACGUUGUAAACAAGCCGCGCCCGACUUUCAAACUUUUGACACAUUCCGCGACGAAAAAUAGUUCCGAAUUUCGGCUGUUUUUUUUGCGGCGAGCUGUAUUUUUCCUGGACUCUACUCAACUGCAAACUAGGAUUUUAGGCAGUUUGCGAAGUUUCAGUGUGAAUUUCCAGUAGGAAAAUUGUUGGGUGAUAUUUAUUGGCGUAGGAAUUUUUACUGGUUUAUGUCGUAGCCGCACCGUUGCGCCUUGGCAGCAGCGAUUGCAGCGCCCCCAUCCCUCCUCUUUCACAAUCCUAAACAAAACGGAAAAACGAAACAGUUGGCUAGUGUACUUUGGCGUGUUACGUUGUCAUCAGUGAGACUUUGCGUCGACGGUAUUUCGUUUUAGUGUAAUCUUAAAAAAUCCUAAUGGCUGACCAACUUACUGAAGAACAAAUCGCCGAAUUCAAAGAAGCAUUUUCGCUGUUUGAUAAAGAUGGAGAUGGCACAAUUACCACCAAAGAAUUAGGAACAGUAAUGAGAUCUUUAGGACAAAAUCCAACAGAAGCUGAAUUACAGGAUAUGAUCAAUGAAGUUGACGCAGAUGGAAAUGGCACAAUCGACUUCCCUGAAUUCCUGACGAUGAUGGCGCGAAAAAUGAAGGAUACCGACAGUGAGGAGGAAAUCCGUGAAGCCUUCCGCGUAUUCGACAAGGACGGCAACGGUUUCAUUUCAGCAGCGGAGCUGCGCCACGUGAUGACCAACCUCGGUGAAAAAUUGACUGAUGAAGAGGUUGAUGAAAUGAUCAGGGAGGCUGAUAUUGAUGGUGAUGGCCAAGUCAAUUAUGAAGAUUUUCAAAACUUCUAUAAAAAAGUAUUUUUGAAAAAUCAAAAGUCGAAAUCGAAGAAGCCUCCCGCAAAAGGGAAACCCACUCCUCCGCCUAAAGCCAAACCAGCGCCUGCACCCAAAGGCAAAGGGAAAAAAUAGAAGCACCAAAUCAUAGUUUUAAAUGUUUUCUUUAAAUAUGAUUACUUAUAAGAUCGAUAGCAUUUAAAUAAGUUUAUAAUUAGGUUGAAAUUUGGCAGAGGCAGUUCUAAAUAUUAACUAAGAUUAUAGUAAUAUCCAGCAUACCUAAGACGCAAAGUCUCAUGACAAAUAAAAAUUGUUUGUAUAUGAUUUACAUGAAUAUAAAAAAAAAGAAACAUCUGAAUAAUA